AUGAUGCGGCCAAGUCAACAGGCGAGAGGGGUGAAGGAGCAGCAUCAGAACCGUGCUUCUAAUGGAACAGACAAGAAGAAUGCCACAAUGUUUUCAUAUGCAACAAUAACAGAUAUCUUGGUUCUUAUUCUAAGUUCUGUAUGCGCAAUAUGUGCGGGUGCCUUGAACCCACUGUUAACAGUUAUAUACGGCCAUUUAGUAGAUGCACUUAAUGGAUUCGCAAAAAAUACCGUGUCCAGCUCUGGGCUGAGCUCCGACAUCUCGAAAUUCACCCUUUAUUACGUGUACCUCGCGAUAGCAGUCUUCUUCUUUGUAUACACUACAACUGUUGGUUUCUAUUACUCGGGUGGGAGGAUUGCUCGACACCUGCGUUACGAAUACUUGAAAUCCAUUUUGCGGCAGAAUAUCGCAUUCUUUGAUGUACUUGGUACGGGAGAAGUUUCGACUGUCAUCAUGUCUGAUAUGGGUGUCAUACAAGAAGGGAUUUCAAGUAAAAUUGCACUGACUUUGACUGCAAUGGCAACUUUUGGUUCUGCGUGUAUAAUCUCGUUCGUAAUGUACUGGAAGACGGCAUUGAUCCUAAGUCCGUCGUAUUUUCUUAUGGCAAUUGCAGGUGCUACAGCCGGCCGAUAUGCUGUGAGAUACAACAAAAUAUCAAGGAAAUUCCGCGACCUUGGCGCAAACAUUGCUGAGGAAGCUAUCACGUCUAUUCGGCAGGUUUCGUCAUUGGGUAUGAAAAGUUACUUAAUUGACAAAUACGAUGCUUGUCUCGAGAAAUCUGAGAUCGCCGGCGUCAAGUCUCGAAUGGCAGUAGCAAUUUUUAUUGGCGUUUCCAAUGCUAUGCCAUGUUUAGUGUAUGCUUUAUCAUUUUGGGCAGGAUCCAUCUUUCUCGUAAAGGGGGAAAUGACUGUUUCAGCGAUUGCGACGACCACUUUAUCGAUUGCGAUUGGAGCAUUUGCCAUUGUCAGAGUUACCCCUUGCAUCGAGUCUCUAAUUCACUGCUCAACUAGCGCAGACUCAGUACUGCAGGCAAUUGCGCGAAUAUCACCCCAAGAUCCGUUCGAUGAAGGCGGGAGGCAGCUUGAGAACUUGGCAGGUGAUAUUUAUUUUCAAGAUGUGAGCCUUACAUACCCUUCACGGGAGGAGGUCGUUGUAUUAGAUAACGUCCGAUUCAAAGCCCAGUCAACAAAAACUACUGCAAUUAUUGGUGAGUCAGGGAGUGGGAAGAGUAGUAUAAUAAGUCUCCUUGAGCGCUUUUACGAGCCCACAUCGGGCGCGAUUCUUAUUGAUGGUCACGAUGUUCAGAGUUUCAACCUACGCUGGUUGCGCAGCCAGAUAUCUUUAGUUGCUCAAGAUCCGGUUCUUUUCAACACAACAAUAUUUGAAAACAUUCGUUACGGCCUGGUAAAUUCCAACCUGCAACCGGGCGUCGAAGAGAUCGAGGAACUAGUCUUCUCAGCCGCUAAAAAAGCAAAUGUGCAUGAUUUUAUCAAAUCUUUACCAAAAGGGUAUGAAACUCUGGUAGGCGAGAAGGGUUUACAGAUGUCUGGCGGCCAGAGACAAAGAAUCUCAAUUGCGAGAGCCUUAAUCAGUAAUCCAAAGAUUCUAUUACUUGAUGAAGCAACUUCGGCUUUAGAUGCAGCCUCUGAAGCCGCCGUCCAGCAAGCUCUCGACGCUGCCGCAAUAGGCAGAACAACUAUUGUGAUUGCCCACCGCUUAUCAACAAUACGAAAUGCCGAUAAGAUUGUGGUAAUGUCAAAAGGACGUGUUAUAGAGGAGGGAAAUCACGAAUCACUGACAGAAAUGGGAGGCGUCUAUGCUAAUUUCUGUCAAAAGCAAGGGUUGGAUUUUCACGGUGCCGGCGAAGAAACUUUUGAAGAUACGAACAAAGAAUCCGUACACAACGCAGCAACGACAGCCAAUUCUAAGGAGAAGGAUAACGGGUCUCAUAUCUCGGAAAGUGUAUGUGAGACUCAGGACCAAGAUGCUACGCAGAACUCGGGCUUACCUUUAUGGCAAGCGCUGAAAUUCAUUGCGCGCUUGAACCGCCCGGAACUCAAACAUAUGAUUACAGGACUCUUUUUUUCUGUCUUAGCUGGGCUCGGAAUUCCUAUACAAUCUAUAUUUUUCGCAAAGCUACUGGCGGUCCUGGCAUAUCCCCCAUCGCGAUUCGGAGAUCUCCGCCACUCGGUGGAUAUUUGGUCGGGUUUAUAUGUUUUGAUGGCUGGUUUGGCAUUGAUAUUUUGGGUGGGAGAAGGGUAUUCAUUUUCUCUCUCGACAGAGAAACUUUGCCGUCGUGCAAAGUACCACGCCUUCAAGUCAAUUUUGCAACAAGAUAUUAGUUUCUUUGAUGAAGAGCAACACGCAUCGGGAAACCUUACCACGCUGAUCUAUUCUAGCACGGAAGAUCUUACCGCACUCAGUGGUGCACUUAUUGGCAGUACCCUUACUUUCCUUUCAACAGUGGUUGCCGGAGUUGUCCUCUCUUUAGUGAUUGGGUGGAAGCUGGCUCUGGUGUGUACAGCGACAAUACCACUAGUAGCUCUGACUGGUUGGAUUCGUCUUCAGAUACUUGCAGUGUUCGAUCACCAAAUCAGAAAGAGUGGCAAAGAAUCUGCAACUUAUGCAAGUGAGGCUGUAAGUUCUAUCAGAACUGUUGCAUCACUUGGUCUCGAGAACCACAUUCUUCUAAGCUACGACGUUAUUCUAGCGAAACAGGCUACUGAAUCCCAACGGGCCAUUUUUGGGGCCUCCGCUCUUUAUGCCCUCUCGCAGUCCGCAACCUUUCUCUGCAGUGCACUUGCCUUCUGGUACGGAGGCUCACUAGUAAUUAAACGAGAGUACUCGCUCUUUCAGUUCUAUAUAUGCUUAGUUGCACUUAUAUCCGGUGCUCAGAUCGCCGGCUCAAUCUUUUCUUACGCACCAGAUGCCAGUAAGGCAAUGCAUGCAAGCAAGGAGCUCAGAACGCUUUUUGAUCGACAACCAGUUAUUGGAAAUCCAGCUUCUAAAGGCUCACCAGUCAACAAAGAACAAUGCAAUGGGGAUAUUGAAUUACAUAAUGUCAGCUUUCGAUAUCCCACCAGGCCCAAUCAACUCAUCCUCAAUAAUUUCAGUUUGAAAGUCCGCCCUGGUCAGUACAUAGCACUUGUUGGACACAGCGGAUCUGGCAAAAGCACUAUUCUAUCUUUGCUAGAGCGCUUCUAUGACCCAGAAAGCGGGGUCAUAAGAGUCGAUGGUGAAGAUAUCACAGAGCUUGACCUUAACGAUUAUCGCAGUAUGGUGUCACUUGUCAGCCAAGAAACAAUCUUGUACUCUGGUACCAUUCGGGAAAACUUAAUCGUUGGGCUCAAGAUUACUCCCCCGGACGAGGAGAUUGUACGUGUUUGUCGGUUAGCAAAUAUUUACGACUUCAUCAUUUCACUUCCGGAAGGUUUCCGAACUUCGGUAGGAGCUAGAGGCAGUAUGUUGAGUGGUGGUCAGAGACAGAGAUUUUCGAUUGCUCGUGCCCUUUUGAGAAACCCCAAAGUCUUGUUACUUGAUGAAGCAACUUCUGCUCUGGACGCCGAGUCGGAGAAAGUAGUGCAAGCUGCGCUAGAUGCGGCAGCUAAAGACAGGACGACAAUUGCCGUAGCCCAUAGGCUUAGUACAAUUAAACACGCGGACCUCAUUUAUGUCCUAGACCAGGGACGGAUAGUAGAGGUCGGAACUCACCCGCAGUUGAUAGCUGCUGGAGGCAUUUACUUCGGUCUGGUGAAUUUACAAAAAUUGCUGUAG